CAAAAUUUGAGACCCCAUUGAAUAUCUAUACAUUGUACUUAUCAAAAGAUACAUCAGUGCAAAGUAUCAAGCUAUCACCCACAAUUUGCACUAGCUACAUAUCUAUAUAUAUAGAGAGAGAGAUUGAGAAACAUAUUUGUUUUGAAUAGAUAAAAUAAUUAGAUAGAGUGCGGUUAUGCCACUUCCUGAACGACACUCAGCAUCUACUACUCUUGAUGAUAUCAUCACAGAACUCAAACUUUCAUAUGACUCAUCUGUUGGGUUACUUGACGGGAGUUAUGUACAGAAAAUACCCAAGGCAAAUGUGUUACUGAAUCUUAAUAAAUUAUUGAAAAACUUCGCUAGUCAGCUUCAACUGGUUGAACAGACAGACGCGGUUGUAUUGAGAAAGAUUAAGCGAGAGCUUUCUGGAUCAGAAGGUGCUGAUAUUGAAGACGAUGAAGAUAUGGACACAAACGCGGAUGGCGUAGAAAAUAAGUCCGGAGAAGAAGAAGAUGAUGAUGAAAGUGAUGAUGAAGAAGAUACAAGAAAUAAUAGUAUAAUCACAACUAAUAACAAUGAAGAUGAUGAGAUGGGUGAAAGUGAUCUAGGUGACGAAAAUAGAAGCGGCUGGGAUUCAGGAAAGAAACGUGGUGCAAGUAAGCUUCUUGCUAAUGAUCAUCGAGAGAAUGGAGCUCAACAGGAUGGAGAGGAAGACGACGAUGAUGAUGAGGAUGACGUAGGAUUAUCCAAAAGACGCAAACUCAACUCACACAUUAAUAUCGAAACUCUGGACGAUACGGCUGCAAUUUCAAACGGUAAAGGUACAGAAGAUGACGCAAAAGACCCUCCAAUAAAUAGCAAGGAUGAUGCUGUGCCACCAGUACAACAAGGAUCGUUCACUCAAGAUAACGAUACAAGAUUGAAGAACCCCAAGUCUGAGUUUGUUACCUCACAAACAUUGCCCGCCAAGGCAAUUGCACAAUUGGGGUUAUUUUCCGAGGAUAACAAUGGCCUUGAGACUCAUGGAAAAGAAUAUCUCAAAAAGAAGUACGGGGUGGCCUCGUACCCUCAACUGGACUUAUACGAUUUACUUCCAGGACCAAUUCCAGAUUUAGAUUUCUCCAAGAACAAACCUCCCACCAAUCAAGUUCAAUUCACCACAUUCCAAACUUAUAUCGAGUCUUUCUUCAGAUUAUUUGUUCCUGAAGAUAUAGAUUUUUUAAGAGAAAAGCAUAUACUCCCAGCAGGAUUUGACAAGAGUUAUGAUCCUAAUGUCACCCCCUUUGUGAUGCCUAAAUUGGGGCCCUUUUAUGCCGAGGCUUGGGCGGCUGAGGAUGCAACUUUAGGCUCAAAAUUGAACUCUCCAGGGUAUAGCCAUGGAGUUGAUUCAUAUAUCCCUAAGGGAUCCAUUGAUAAUUUAUCUGAUGACAAAUUAUACACUGAAGAAGUUUCAUGUGGACCUCUUUCGAGUAGACUUUUGUCUGCCAUUUUAUGUAAUAAUGACGAAGGUAUGGAUGCAGCUACUACAAACACUUCUAUGGAUGAUGUCAAAGAGGAAAGCGAAGAUGUCGAAAACAUUCCAGUGCCCAAUAAUUCCCAAGAUUUGGAUGUUGCUACACAAUUGAAUAUAUCAGAUGCAUAUAAACUCGAUUCUGAAAAAAGUGAUUUCCAUUCAAUAGAGGAAAGACUUAAGCGGGAGCUCAAAUAUAUUGGGAUUUUCAUGAAUUUGCCGAAAUCCGAUAACAAAGAAGGUAAGAAGGGCAAUUCUCAUUCACGGAAGGGUAGCACAGUCAAUCCAAGUGAAAAUAUUGUCGAUAACGAUGAUUGGAUUAAAAAUCGAGAAGAUGAUGAAGUUUGUGCGGAAAUAAGAGCAUUGCAAAAAGAAUUACAAGAAGCAUCGGCACGUAAUAGAAAACACAAGAAGAAGUUAAUACCGAUUGUGGAAGACCAAAUUGCGUAUCAAGAAUACUGUACUAUUUUGGAUGAUUUGGAUAAACAAGUUGACCAGGCGUAUAUCAAGAGACUCCGUGUAAAGAAUAAGAAGAAGAAGACUGAAGUUUCACCUGCAGUAACUCAACUCACCGUAAAUAGUGGGCUUCUUACGCUUAUGGAUAAGCGGAAGAAAUGGGUGAAUAACAUUGGUAAGCUUUUCAAGUCUCCUGAACUCAUGAAAAGGGCUCCAACUGAGUCUAUUUUGGAGGGAAAUGUGGAUUCUGAUGAUGAAGGAGAUGACGAUGUGGAGCAUGUCGAUGCCGCAGAAAAUAUCAUUGCAGAUAAAUAGGAUAUACAUAUAUUAAUUUUACGGACACUAAAAAUAAUUUUCUUUGUAGCACAAUUCUAUACUCAUUGGCACUUUAUAUUAUCUAUUUCUUAACUAUGUACAUUCUGAUAAAUAC